UUUUGAAUUCUUGAACCUUCUUAAUCGCGAACAUCACCUCGUUCGCGUACAAAUUCAGACCGGACCGCUUUGGAAAGCCAACCCGGAGACACUCCCUCAAAUCCGUUCAAAAUGUUGAACACCUUCUCGAAGCUUGCUGCCCGCGGUGACAGUAGCGAUGGGCUCUCUCCCGCCAUGGUCGACCUUUUAAUCUCUCUCCUGGUGCUCGUCCUGCUCGGUCUCGUCCUAGUCGGAGCCCUGCUUGUUCUCCGUCGUAAGCGAAUUGGUCGCGGACACUCCGACCUUCCCGUCCACAAUGGGCAAUGUGUCCCUAGUCACCGCCGCUACACGGUGUCCGCUUCGCCCAAUGCUAAGACGGAGUCGGUGCUGGUGUACGAUGAGAAGCGCAGUCUCAUUGAGAACUCCUCGAGCCCCCCAUCCAGCCCGGUCCCCGAAAUUCGCAUCACUUUCCCAGAGGAGGAAGAUGAGUCUGGAAAGCGCAAGUCCGGCCGUGUGGUGGUGGUGCGGAUCAGUGAUGCCGGCAGUGUUGGUCUGGAACCCUGCAACGACGAGUUGCCGCCUUAUCAAACGAGCGAUGCUGAACGGUUCCAAUCUCUGGAUAUCGAGCGUAUGGGUGGACUUAAAGAGAAAGAGGCCUCAGCCAGAUGGUCUUAAACGACCUGCCGGUGCACAAUCCCACGGCCAUUUGUUACAUCCGCUCACUACGGACCGAUACCCUCGAAUGACCGAAGACACCUGCUGUCGUCACUUCAAACCAUCCUCGAAAAUAGCAUUACGAUAUCCCAGCAUACGCUUGCUUCGUUUCCCUAUCCAUAUUUAAAAUAAUCCGCUUCG